AUGGGCACAGAUAAUAAAACAUUUGUACAACAACCAUCGUCAAAAGUUACAGUUGUAAUGUCAAAAAAUGAUAGAACGAAAAAAUCAAAAAGUAGUUAUAAAUCUAAACAUAAUAAUCAACGACGUUCAUCAUCAACAUCAUCCAAUUCAUCAACUGAACAUGGACGUAAUUCAACAUCAAGAAAAAAACAUGAGAUUAAUAAUUCAUCAGAAAAAAAUUCCAAAAGUAAAAUGAAACUUUCAUCAACUGUUGAAUUAUGUAAUAAUAAUAAUAAUAAUAAUGCGAAAUCAUCAAACGAAAAUAAAAAACAAUCAAAUCGUUCUAAGCACAAUUCAUCAGAAUCUCCAUAUCAACGAAAUAAUAAUAUAAAAAAAUUACGAAGUCGAUCAAAAUCUCAAUCAUCUCGAAGUCGAUCCAAUGAAAGAUCUCCACCUCGUCAUCGUUAUCCAAAUCCAUCGAGGUUACACAAUCGAGGUGGUCGUAUGCUUUAUAAUCCACCACCAAUGAUGACUAAUUCGUCUAUACGAAAUAAUAAUAAUAGUAAUCGUCGUUCUAAUGAUAAUAGUUCACCACAAUUAUUACUUGGUGGUUAUCGCCCUCCUUUAUCUAAUUUUCAUGAUCAUAAUAGUUCAAUAAAUAAUGCUACUUAUCUACAUAAUGUUCAUAAUAUGGCAAAUAUGAUACAAAAUAUGAGUAAUCUAAUGCAGCAAAAACAAAAAUCAAAUUCAAAUAUGAAAUAUUCAAAUGCAAAUAAUCCAAAUAAUCAUUUUUAUCAACAAUUUCGAAAUAAUUAUAAAAAAUUAAAAUCUGGAAAAAAAAUAAGCAAUUUAUAUCAAGCAUCAUUUCCUGCUCAACAUAUUCCACGUGAAAUGAAUUUUAAUUUUCGUUUACUUGGACGAAAUAUAUUUACAGCAUCGGAUGAUGAUGAUGGUGAUGAACAUGAACAUGAUUCAACAACAUCAGAAAAACAUUCAAAACAAAAACAACAACAUCAUUCAACUUCACAAUCAUCUGAUAGUUCUGAAGAUGAACGUCGUGAAGAAGAAGAAGAAGCUACGGUUGCUGCUAUUGCAGCUGGUAAAUCAAAAUCUUCACCUAUACUUAAAAAUUCUAUUAAACAAAAACGUUCAUCAACUAAAUCUAAUCGAAAUCAUACAUCAUCUUCAAUAAAAACAAUAUCUAAUCCACGUGAAUUAUUAACUAAUUCAAACAAUUUAAGUACAUUACUUGCUGGUAUUAUACAAAGUGAAAAUUCCGAAAUAAUUGCUAAUACAUUAGCCAGUGCAGCUGCUAUUGUUAAUAAUAAACGAGAACGAACAAAAAAAUAUUUAGAUAAAAAAGUACAAAAAUUUAAAAACUAUGCAAGACUUCAACAAACGCAAAGUAUUGGAACUACAGAUGCAUCAACAACAAAUCCGGAUGAAAUCAAAAAGAAAAUUGAUGGUCUUGCAAGACGAUUACGAAUGAAAACUGUUGGUUUACAUGAAGAUUAUGAAUUACAAGGUAUGAAACAUUCCGAUGAUUCAAGUGUAGAUUCCGAUACAAGUGAACGUCAUCAUCAUCGUCGUCAUUCAUCAGAUUCUCCUAGUGAACGUUCAAAAGAUAAAGAUAUUGAUAGUGAUACAAGUACAAAUCCUAAACGACAAGAUAAACUUAAAAAAUUAACUAAAAAAAAAAAUUCUUCUUCUAGUCAAAUUAUCGAUUCAAGUGAUGAUGAACAUCGUUCUGAUGGUAAUGAUAGUGAUGGAAGCAUGCUUAAUUUAAAUGAAAAUCUUAAACCUAUUGGUUAUUAUAUAAAAGAUCGUGAACGUAUGUUACAUGAAAUGUUUCGAUGUAUUCAUGGUCAUAAACUUCAAGCUAUUCUACCGGAUGUAUUAAAGAUUAAUUUAUAUGAUUUAUUCAUUGGUACAGUUACACAAACACGUUCUAUCGACGAAAUAAAAGCAAGAUGUCUCGAUCAACUCGACAUUUUAUCAAAAAAACGUAUUCGUACAAUAUUAUUAGCACAACCAAUGAUUUCAUCAAGUGGUACAGAAGAUAGUACAGAUGAAGAUGAACAAAAUACAUUUACAUUAUAUCCACAUUUAAAAUCAUCAUUAGAUAUAACAAAUAAUAAUGCUGCAAAUGUUACAACAACAGCAACAUCUCCAAUGGAUGAUAAUACAAAAUCUUUACCAAAUGGUAAAUUUCGCCCAGUACAAAUGUAUACAGUUACAGAAAAUUCUUCAUCUUCAACAACAACAAUUCAUAAUAAUCUUUCAACUCCUGCUAUUAUCGGUGUUAAUGAAGAUGUCAAUGAUUAUUAUGAAGAUUUUAAAAAAAUUAAAAAAUUAACAAAUCUUCGUCGUAAUGAACAAGAUGAUGAAUUAAUACCAUUUCCUGAUCAAACUGGUAAAAUUUUACAACCAAUUGGAAUAAAUUUACCAAAAUUUGAAUUUAAACCAAUAACAAGUUUAACGCAUAAUAAACAAACACAUUUUAAUGCUCGUCGAAUUGCUAAUCGACAAAAACAACAACAACAACAACAACAAAAUGAGAUACGUCAAGAAAUAGAUGAUUUACUUAAUAUUGAUGAUUUUGUUUUACCUAAUGGUGAACGUCCAUUAUCAUCAGUUGAAUUAUCAAUAAAUAAAGAAUAUCAAUAUGGUUUACCACCAAAAAUACAACGAGUAGAACCACCAAAAAAAGGUUCAUUAGGUGAUUUACUUAAACGAAAAAAGACCGAAAUCAAUGAACGUAGUCCAUCGCCAAUAAUUUCAAAACGAAUACGACAUAGACAACGUUCAUAUUCAUUAAGUUCAUCAUCAUCAUCAGAACGAAUGUCAAGGGAUUCAUUAUGUGAAAUGAUUGAAUCAAAUACAAAAAUCGAUAAUGAUGAAAUUGAUAUGAGUGAUUUAUCAAAAUUACUUGAUUUAAAUGAAGAAGAUGAAUUAUUAUUAUUACAAAUUGAAGUUGAACAAGAAGAACGUAAUUUACGUCGACAAGAAAAACGAAAACGUAAAGAAGAAAAAAAGACAAAGAAAAAUAAUUUAAUCAUUAUUAAACAAUGUUUAAAUAAUUUAAUAGAAAAAAUUCUUUUUCAAGAAAAUAAGAAAUUUAAUUAUAAACGACCAUUUGAUGAUAUUAAUAAUUUUGAUGAUAUAUUGAAAAAAAUUAAAAUUUGA